UCUCCGAUUCAUGAUUUUCUCAGAAGCCUCUAUCAGAAAGCUAGGGUCACUGCUAUCGGCGACUGAAGCAAAACAUCGCCUGUAGUAUUACUGCAAAUCGCAGACGAAAGGACUUUCUUGGUAUUGAUGGCAUCCAAGAUUCAGCAACUGCAAUCUAAGGCAUGUCAAGCUUCACAGUUUCUUGCUAAGCAUGGUACUGGCUACUACAAACAGUUGCUGGAGCAGAACAAACAGUAUAUUGUGGAGCCACCCACUGUUGAAAAAUGCAAUGAAUUGUCCAAGCAGUUGCUCUACACUCGCCUUGCCAGCAUCCCUGGCCGUUAUGAGUCAUUUUGGAAGGAAGUCGAUUCUGUGAAGCACAUGUGGAGGAAUAGAAAGGAAUUGAAGGUUGAAGAUGCAGGCAUUGCUGCUUU